AUGAGUACCAUGUUCGCGGACACGCUGCUCAUCGUGUUCAUCUCCGUGUGCACGGCUCUUCUCGCCGAGGGUAUCACCUGGGUUCUGGUUUACAGGACAGACAAGUACAAGAGGCUGAAGGCGGAAGUGGAAAAACAGAGUAAAAAAUUGGAAAAGAAGAAGGAAACAAUAACGGAGUCAGCUGGCCGACAACAAAAGAAGAAAAUAGAGAGGCAAGAAGAGAAGCUGAAGAACAACAACAGAGACCUGUCCAUGGUUCGAAUGAAAUCCAUGUUUGCAAUUGGCUUUUGUUUCACUGCCCUGAUGGGGAUGUUCAAUUCCAUAUUUGAUGGCAGAGUGGUGGCAAAGCUCCCUUUCACGCCCCUUUCCUACAUCCAAGGACUGUCCCAUCGCAACCUGCUGGGGGAUGACACCACGGACUGCUCCUUCAUCUUCCUGUACAUCCUCUGCACCAUGUCCAUCCGGCAGAACAUCCAGAAGAUUCUCGGCCUUGCCCCUUCGCGAGCUGCCACCAAGCAGGCAGGCGGGUUUCUUGGCCCUCCACCUCCUUCCGGGAAGUUCUCCUGA